AGGGUUAGCACAGCCCAACAGUGAAAUCCCGAUACAGAAGGGUGAGUGAUGAAUUUUAUGUAUCCCUUAUUUUUCCAAACCUCAGCUAUGAGGCUGAAGAUCUGAAAUGCCAUGAUCUCCUGUCUGCUAAGACAGCCAUUGAGCAUUAGGGGGGGCUGAGGGACUGUGAAAGCUGAAGUACAGCAGAGAUGAUGGAGUCCUGAUCCCUCACGGGGUACUCAGUCUUCCCCCUACAGCACUUGCCUGCUGGUGUUUUUGAUAGACAUCUUUAAACAAUCUCAGCCUUUAUCCAAUGGAGACAGCAGUGGCACACAGGAGGGUGGGUGUGAGUUCAUUCUCAUUCUGGGACUCUGUCUCAUUACGGAGGGAUUGGGGGAAGAGGGCUGGGUGCUCAUUUUAAUGUCACCCCCUGUCCUGUUCUCACAGAUACGCCCUAGGGAACAAUGGCAGCAGGCAAUGACUCUUCAGUGACCCAGUUUAUCCUGUUGGGUUUAACACAACAGCCAGAACUCCAGCUGCCUCUCUUCUUCAUUUUCUUAGGAAUCUACAUGGUCACCGUGAUGGGGAACAUGGGCUUGAUUAUUCUGAUUGGUCUGGAGCCUCACCUGCACACUCCCAUGUACUACUUUCUCUUCAACCUUUCCUUCAUUGAUCUCUGCUACUCGUCUGUCAUAAUGCCUAGAAUGCUGAUAGGUUUUGUAAAGCAAAACACCAUCUCUUAUGCAGAUUGCGUGGCUCAGCUCUGUUUCUUCUCCUUCUUUGUCAUUGAUGAGUGCUAUAUUUUGACAUCGAUGGCCUAUGACCGGUAUGUGGCCAUCUGUAAGCCCCUGCUUUACAAGGCCAUCAUGUCCCACCAGGUCUGCCUCAUGCUGAUGGCAGGAACAUACGCAAUGGGGUUUGUGGGUGCCAUGGCGCACACCGGGUGCAUGCUGAGGCUCACGUUCUGUGAUGGCAACAUCAUUAAUCAUUACAUGUGUGACAUACCUCCUCUCCUUCAGCUCUCCUGCACAAGCACCUACGUCAACGAGCUGGUGGUUUUCAUUGUGGUGGGAAUCAAUGUAAUAAUGCCCAGUCUCACCAUCACCAUUUCUUACACCUUGAUCGUCUCCAACAUCCUCCGUAUCCGUUCUACAGGGGGCAGGUCCAAAGCCUUCAGUACCUGCACCUCCCACAUAGUUACUGUUUCUCUCUUCUUUGGAGCAUCGGCAUUCAUGUAUCUAAGACCUUUUUCUACUGGGUAUUUGGAUCAAGAUAAGGUAUCCACAGUUUUUUACACCAUUGUGGGGCCAAUGUUGAAUCCUUUUAUCUAUAGUCUGAGGAACAAAGAUGUCAAAAUUGCACUGAGUAAGACUUUUAAGAAAAGGGUGUUCUCUUGA